CAGCCUCCGAAAUGUCGGGAGAGAUGGAUAAGCCACUGAUCAGUCACCACCCGGCGGACAGUGAUGGCAACCUCGCCGAGGCCCUCCGUGAGGCCCCCAAAGUAGGCAUCCUGGGCAGUGGAGACUUUGCCCGCUCCCUGGCCACGCGCCUGGUGGGCUCCGGCUUCGGCGUGGUGGUGGGGAGCCGCAACCCCAAACGCACGGCCGGGCUGUUCCCCUCGGCCGCCCGAGUGACUUUCCAGGAGGAGGCUGUGAGCUCCCCGGAGGUGAUCUUCGUGGCCGUGUUCCGGGAGCACUACCCUUCACUGUGUGGGCUCCGCGAGCCGCUGGCUGGCAAGGUCCUGGUGGACGUGAGCAACCCCACGGAGCAGGAGCACCUGCGGCACCGCCAGUCCAAUGCCGAGUACCUGGCCUCCCUCUUCCCCACCUGCACAGUAGUCAAGGCCUUCAACGUCAUCUCUGCCUGGACCCUGCAGGCGGGCCCAAGGGAUGGAAACAGGCAGGUGCCCAUCUGCAGUGACCAGCCGGAAGCCAAGCGUGCCGUCUCGGAGCUGGCGCACGCCAUGGGCUUCAUGCCUGUGGACAUGGGCUCCCUGGUAUCGGCCCGGGAGGUGGAGGCCAUGUCCUCGCGCCUGCUGCCGGGCUGGAAGGUGCCCACCCUGCUGGCCCUGGGGCUCUUCGUCUGCUUCUACACCUACAAUUUCAUCCGGGACGUGCUGCAGCCCUACGUGCAGGAGGACAAGAACAAGUUCUACAAGCUGCCCGUGUCCGUGGUCAACACCACACUGCCGUGCGUGGCCUACGUGCUGCUGUCGCUGGUGUACUUGCCCGGCGUGCUGGCGGCUGCCCUGCAGCUGCGACGUGGCACCAAGUACCGCCGCUUCCCCGACUGGCUGGACCACUGGCUGCAGCAUCGCAAGCAGAUUGGGCUGCUCAGCUUCUUCUGUGCCGCCCUGCACGCGCUCUACAGCUUCUCCCUGCCUCUACGCCGCUCCCACCGCUACGACCUGGUGAACCUGGCCGUCAAGCAGGUUUUGGCCAACAAGAGCCACCUCUGGGUGGAGGAGGAAGUCUGGCGGAUGGAGCUAUACCUCUCCUCGGGAGUGCUGGCCCUAGGCACGCUGUCCCUGCUGGCUGUGACCUCGCUGCCAUCCAUUGCCAACUCGCUCAACUGGAGGGAGUUUAGCUUUGUUCAGUCCACACUGGGCUUCGUGGCCCUGGUGCUAAGCACGCUGCACACGCUCACCUAUGGCUGGACCCGCGCCUUCGAGGAGAGCCGCUACAAGUUCUACCUGCCUCCCACCUUCACGCUCACGCUGCUGGUGCCCUGCGUCGUCAUCCUGGCCAAAGCCUUGUUCUUUCUGCCCUGCAUCAGCCGCAGACUCUCCAGGAUCCGAAGGGGCUGGGAGAGGGACGGUGCCGUCAGGUUCACGCAGCCCACCGACCACGCCCUGGUGGAGAAGACGAGCCACGUGUGACACCGGGCGUGAGCAGGACGGUGCCCUGGGCCUGUGAGGUUUUCUACUCUGGAUGGAGCAGAGUGAUGUUAUCGUCCGCAGGGUCGUUUGAGGUCCGAAUUCCUGGGACGCAAAUGUAUGCAGUAAUAUUCAGAAUGACACACGCGUGUGUGUGAUGUGUCCGUACAUAUAUUCCACAUAUAUAACAGGAUUUGCAAUCAUACUUAGCUAAAAAGUUGGGUCCCUGAGAUUUCAACUUGUAGAUUUAAAUGCAAGGGCCAGAGGCCAGGGAAGAACAGAUCAUGCUGUGACAUCUGCAGAGAUAUACACACACUUUUUGUGCAGAAGAGGCUUGUACCUUGGUGGAUUCGAUCCACCCAUGCCCCGCUUCACUCCCCUUUUGCUAUUUCCCCAGGGCUCUUGCUUGCUGGGAUGCUAAGGAGGCAGGGAAGACCGUAGUGACCCCUGGAGCCGCCCUAGGAAGCUGAUGAGCCCUCCGUGCAGGUGGUGGGUAGGGGGUAGACGGGGUGGGCAAGGGAUGUCAUUCCUCUCCAGCUUGGGCAGUCGCAGAAGGCCCAGGAGGGAGCAAAGGCAGGAGGGUAAGCCUGGAACCUUGGGCCUGAGGAGCUGAUUAAAGGUCCUUUCUGGGGUCCUUUCCGGGAGGGGGUUGGGGGUGAAGCUACUUCGCCUAAUCCUCCCGGAACUGGGGAAAUUUUCCCCCUGAAAGUCAGAAGUCCCCAUGGAGCCUGCAAAUUGAUCCUCCUUGUGAGAGUGUGAAGUUACCUCGUUGCCAGAGCCAUUAAUGAAGCCCGUCUGGAGAACAAGUGUAAUUUCCUUCCCUCCUGUAAGUUGGUGGUGACCGUUCUUGAAACCACGGUGCCUUCUCACCUUUUCCAUCAUUAGCCUGAACAUGUCCCGGGGAGGCCUGGAACAGACCCUUUCAAAACCAGUCCAAGGCGGAGGGAGAGAAAACCCGGAAGGGCUCACCAGGCAUCGGAGUUGAGCUCUUCCAUCCACCCUGCCCGGGGGCUGAAGGACUGUCUUCAUUAAGUGGGGCCUGUGGGAAAACACCAGGGACCCCUCCAGAUGUCCUCUGCCGCCAGUGGACAGAGAACCUGCCUUCCAAGCACCCAGAAAACCACACUGACUCCAAGUUCCUCCUCACGGAGUGUUAACGUUUCAAGAAAGAAGGGAAGGUCUUCCCGACACAGCUAUAAACCUAAAAUGCUGCUCCCCAGAGCACAGGAGGGCAGACCACCUUCAGGCCACAGGA